AACCAAGCUAAAGGAGAGCAGCUUCCUUGACUUCUUCCUCUACCCUUUUUCUUCACUAUAUAAAUGACCGGCUCUAUCAUUCCUCUCCAUCACACCAAAUCCUCUGCUCUACAAAAAAAAAAAAUCGAAAGUCAAAAAUGAGUUCUUCCGGUUUGAAAUUUACCUUUCUUAUGCCUCUUAUGGUUGCCUGUCUCAUGGCAGCAUCAGCAAGUAACUUCCACAGUGAUUUUGAAAUCACAUGGGGAGAUGGCCGUGGUAAAAUUGUCAACAAUAGAGAGGUUCUCACUCUCUCCCUCGAUAAAGCUUCUGGUUCUGGUUUCCAAUCCAAGAACGAGUAUCUUUUCGGCAAGAUUGAUAUGCAACUCAAGCUUGUCCCUGAUAACUCUGCUGGCACAGUCACUGCCUAUUAUCUAUCUUCGAAAGGAUCAACAUGGGAUGAAAUUGAUUUCGAGUUCCUCGGGAAUUUAAGUGGCGACCCGUACAUUCUUCACACAAACGUGUUCAGUCAAGGCAAGGGUAACAGAGAUCAACAGUUUUAUCUCUGGUUUGACCCGACUGCAGAUUUCCAUACUUAUUCAAUCCUUUGGAACCCCCAACGUAUAAUCUUCUCUGUUGACGGUACACCCAUUAGAGAGUUCAAAAACAUGGAAUCACUUGGUGUCCCAUUUCCUAAGAACCAGCCGAUGAGAAUUUACUCUAGCUUGUGGAAUGCCGAUGAUUGGGCCACAAGAGGUGGUUUUGUUAAGACGGAUUGGACCCAAGCUCCUUUCACUGCUUCUUACAGGAACUUCAAUGCCGAUGCUUGUGUGUGGUCCAAUGGAGCUUCUUCAUGUAAAUCGAAAACUUCACCGUCUUCUGCAUCGACAAACAGAGCAUGAUUCUCUCAAGAAAUGGAUUCAGCGGAGCAACAAAGGUUGCAAUGGGUACAAAAGAACUACAUGAUAUACAAUUACUGCAAUGAUGCUAAGAGAUUUCCUCAAGGGCUACCUCCAGAGUGCAAUAUGUCUUAAAAGACUUGAAGAUCCGAUUACAUAAAAUUAUUUUAGAGAUUGAUAUUCAAUAUUCUUUUAUUAUUUAUUUUCUUUUACUCAAACCACCUCAUCAUUCUUUUGAUCUUAUGAAAAUUAUCAUCACUUUAUAUGUCAUAUUUUGUUACGAAAAGGAAUAAUAUAAUUUUUAUUUUUGAAUUUAGCAA